CAAUAGGUUGAAUAUAAAAAUGCAUUUGGGAGAAGCAAAUUUUGUUUAUGUCUUUCAAUACCUGAGUUCUUCAGAAACCUCACUAAUCCUGGGUAUUAUGUCGUGCAUUUGCAAUACCACUUCCAGGAACAUGUUGUGAAUUCUUUGUUUGACAACAUUCUGUAAACAAAUUGUUUGAAUUCUAAGCAACGAUCCUUGACGAGGACAAUAGCUGCAAGACCGUUUAUGUUCUGUCUGUAAGUACUCGAAGAGCGCGAGUUUUAUAUGGCAGUUCUGAAAAUGGGUGGAAAAGCAAAUGGAGAAAGGCAAAAGAUAGUUUGCGCUAGUGAAGGGUAUAACAAUCAUCCGAGGAAAUACUGACACUUCAUUAAAGCUUGAAUGCCAUCAUGGAUAAAAGCAUCUAUUCAGGCUUUCUAUCGAGUACCAGGAUUGACAAUUUUAGGAAUAACCUAGAGGUUGAAUUGAACCAAUUUGAACCACAAGAUGCACCUCCGCUAACAGGCAAUUUCUCAAUACACGAACAUGUAAAACACGGUCAAGUUGAAGACCUGUACAAGCUUGUGGCGCAGUUGCUAACCUUUGGAUACCAGGCUGUGGAUAAAGCUGCAAGUUUGCUUGAUUUCGAAGGGUUUGCUGCUUUACAUUACGCUGCCUUGCAGCCGUCUGUUGUGGCUGCCAGACUUCUUUUGGACAAUGGUGUUUUCCUGGAUGUAGAGUCAAGGAAUACAGAAACACCCCUGCAUCUUGCAUUGAGGCACGGCAACAUACCGAUGGCUACCUUAUUCAUGGACAGGGGUGCAAGCCUAAAGAAAACUGACCGUCAUGGAAACAACGCCCUGCACUUAGCAAUAGAACGAGGCCUCCGUGGCAUGGCAGUUAAGAUACUAAUGAGGUGUCCCUUUUUGGUUUAUUCUCAAACCCACUUCGACUUCACUGCACUUCACUAUGCAGCAUUGCAGGGUGAUGCCCAGUUGUGUGAGAAGCUGCUGUCUUGUGAGGCAAAGGUUACGGCCAAAAACUCAAACGGGGAGACACCACUGCAUUUAGUCAGUCUGUUAAAUCAUGUUGACGCAAUGAAAGUACUCUUGAUAUCAGGUUGUCCAAAUAACGAAUGUCGGAGCAAAUUCCUAGAUAUCCCAAGGAACGACCAUUUCACUGCCCUUCAUAUAGCGGCGAAAAUGGGUCACAUUGAAACGGUAAAGCUUAUCAUGGAUUCAGGUGUAAAAGUUAACCAGAGCAAUGGUGCUGUGCCGAAUGCACUGGAGAUGGCAGCAGGAGAUGGUCAUGUUGAAGUCAUGAAGCUGUUUUUAGACGGUGGAGCAGCCAUUGAUGCCAAAGAUCGGUACGGGAACACUGCUCUGCACAAAGCUGCUAUGAAUGGUAGAGUAGAAGCAGUCAGACUCCUUCUCGCCAGUGGGGCAAACAUUGAAUCUGUGAACGAAGACGGUUGGACCCCACUGUUCUUCUCAGUCUCCCGAUGCCACCACGAAGUAACGAAGAUCUUAUUGGAAAAUGGAGCGGACUGCAACAGUGUGGACACAAAGCUCUGUUGUUGCUUGCAUUAUGCCGUGAAAGAAAAUGAUUACAAAAUCAUUCCACAUUUGCUUCGACACGGUGGGAAUGGGCUAAUUUUCAGAAGAAACAUCAACGACCAAUUGAUCAUACACGAGGCUGUGCUUUCUGGCAACGAAAAGAUUCUUGAGAUGCUGUUAAAUCGUUGCUCUGGGACCAUUAUUUACUGUGACAACAAAAAGACAUUGAUUCACAUGGCUGCUGAACUUAACAAACUGGCCUGCUUGAAAAAAUUGACUGACAUUUGGCCGAUAGAUUAUGUAAAUAUGCAAGACAACCAUAAGCAAACUGCACUUCACUUGGCAGCAAUUGAAGGACAUGUGUAUGUUUGUCAGCAUUUAAUCAAAUCAAAGGCGGAUGUUAACAUAGUAGACAAAGAUGGAAUGAAGCCACUGCACGUUGCAGUAGUAAAUAAGAAGAACGCCAUUGUGCAGUUGCUCAUUGAAGCAAAAACAGAAUUAGUUACUGCCGAUUUAGAACCUGCAAUAAAGUCUGGAAACGUUGAGGCAUUGACCAUGUUGCUGGACAGUUUAGCCAUUAAUCAAAUAGGAACCGCCAACGUCAAGUUUGACGCUCUUGAACAAGCACUGAAUGGUGACUCUGAAGGCGUUGUCGAAGCCAUCGUUGAUCACCACAGCUUUCAAGAUGCCGUUAAAAAUAAUAACUUGCUACUUGAUCAUUUGAUGCCAGUGAUGAUAGCCAAAUACCCUGAGGUGGUUAUAAAAAUUCUGAACAAAGGGAUCAGUGUUUCUGAACAUCAAUAUAAUUGCAAAGAAUUCGAAGUCAGCUAUGAUUUCUCAGCAUUACAAGCAUCACCAUGUUCAUGUAGAAAUACGUUUGCCUCUGGCCUCUAUUUUGGCCCAGCAAUCAUGGCAGAUUUGGACAGAGAAGAAUGCUUGGCGCAUCCAUUAACCCAAAAGCUUAUCAACGUAAUGUGGUCCAGUGCAGGAGGGAUUGUUUACUACUUUUCGUUUUUCAUCUAUCUGACGUUUAUCAUCUCACUGACAGCACUCAUAAUCCUAGAGAGAGAAGCGGAUUUGAAGCUCAUCACCCCACUUAAUACAACCAAUGGAUCGACAAAACCUACUCCUUCUGGUAUCCAUGUGCCAUCUAAAAGUAGUUCAGGGCAAGUUUUAGCCUAUUUCAUCUUUAUCUUUCUGUGUCUCACAUUUUUGAAAGAGUGCGUUCAAAUUUUUGCACUGGGCUUCCGAUACUUUAAAGAGUUGUCGAACAUACUGGAGUGGAAAGUAUUAAUCUCGGCCUUUGGAUACCUAAAUGGAUUCCUGUUCAUGAAUUACAGCAGCAAAGAAUGGGAGCUUUUUCUUGGCGUCUGUUCGCUAUUUUUUGGUUGGUUGAACGUUCUCCUCUUUCUACGUCGCAGCCCGAUGUUUAAUAUCUACGUAGUUAUGUUCACGCAAGUUAUUUACACACUGAUACGCGUCUUAUUUGUGUUCACUCCGUUGUUGCUAGCGUUUUCGUUGGCUUUUAACCAACUGUUCCUCACGCAAACUGUUUUCAAGGACAUGAAGAACAGUUACAUGAAGACUUUCGUGAUGCUAAGUGGAGAGCUUGAGUAUGAGGAUACGAUUCCGAAUGCUGUGGGGACGAAGGACAGUAAAUCAGCCAUGCCUAACGUGCCUUUGCCCUUGGUAUCCUAUCUGAUCUACUCGAUGUUUAUCAUCAUGUUACCUGUGGCCCUAAUGAAUCUACUGGUUGGCUUGGCUGUCGGAGACAUUGAAAGCAUUCGCAAUUCAGCGAAGCAUAACGUUAUGAAACAGCAAGCUCGAUACAUGAAAGAUUUAAUCGAUAAAAGCCCGAACUUUAUCGUCAAGUGCACUUACCAGCGGUUUCUUGUUGAAAGACCAAAUGAGAAAACUUGGUUGAAGAGGUUCUUCAGCUCUAAGGAUGCUGGUGAAGAUCUAACUGGGUUCAUCGAGGGAAGAAUCAAGAACCAAGAGGAUCAAAAAAGCAAGGAGCAAGAAAAGAAACUUAGUGAUCUCCAGAAUUCUGUAAGCGCCCAAAACUGUGUUCUGAACAGGAUUAAUACAAAACUCGUUGAUCAUGGAAGAAUGUUGAAGGAGGCAUUAUCGUAGAUAUCUUAACAAAUUAUAUUUUAAUUUUUAUUCUUGCUACUAGUAAAACCUAUUAUAACGUAUUCUUUAAGCAUUAGUGUCAUUCUUUCUCACUGAUACAGCAAAUAGAUAACUUUAAUUACAAGCAAACACGAAACACUAAUUUUUAAACAAGAAAUAAAUAUAGAUGGAAAUAUAUGUAAAUAUACCUAAUGAUCUAUAUGUAAAUACGUAUUUCGUUUUCUAUAUCAGCAGCUUGCUUUGUCUGCAGUAUCGAUGACAUUUUGCUAUA